AUGCUGAUUGUAAGCCUAAUAGGGGGACUUGAGGCAUGGGAGAAUAAUGCCUUUUUGCAGCUACAUGACAAAAUUGCUAAUGCCAUGAACUGGUCUGAUUGCUGGAUUUGCUCACAAUUGCCCACAAACGUAGGACAGGGCCACCCGGUGAUUGCCACCAGUUUUCCCAACUCUUCGGAGAUAGCCAAGGCCUUUAGUAAUAUAUCCCUCACCGAAUACACAGAGAUACCAAAAAGGAAUCUCAAGUGGCAGAUAGAUUUAAGCAUACUCUGGAACGAGACCGCGGAAGUACCUUGUGUCCAGAGGUGCUACCUGGAAAACACCACAAAGAGUAUGGGAGGGAAUAGCACAGAUAAAAAAUGUGGAAGUACAAGUUUUGUUGGGGCUUACCCCAAUUGCACGAGUUAUAUCAAGUAUGGAGGUGCAAAUAUGUGGAAUAGCAACCAGACUCGAAGAAACGUCAGCAGUACCCCCAAAGGCUGGCCCACCCCUGUGGGUCAGGGAUGGUACUGGAUCUGUGGGAAGUGGGGUUACAAAGUAUUGCCCUUAGGGUGGAAAGGUCAAUGCGCUAUAGGGACUAUAGUUCCUAACAUUACUAUUGUACAAAACUUAACUAGUUCAGGCACGCUCAGUUUAUUACGAACUUAUAUGAAACCUGUGGCCCAUCCAACCCGAGGAAAAUGGAACUCUUUAGUAGAAAGACCAGCCAGCUUUCGUAGCUUUGCGAGGUGGUUUAUCCCAUGGUUGGGGGUUAGUGAAUUAGAAAAGGCCUUAGUCAACAUUUCGGCUACAAUGGAAAUUAUUAGUAAUGCUACAGCUGACGCGCUCACAGCUCUACAAAAAGAAAUCUCUUCUCUAGAACAGGUAACACUCCAAAACAGGCUGGGGCUGGAUUUGCUUUUUGCUAAAGAAGGAGGUUUAUGUACGGUUAUUGGUGAACAUUGCUGUACCUAUGUUAACCAAGACACAAGGAUUGAAAAGGAUUUAUCUCAAAUUUGGGAAAAAAACAAAAUCUUGCAUGAAGUGGCCCAAGAUAACACAUCUUGGGGGUUUAGUGACUUAAUGGAAAGAUUAACAUCCUGGUUACCAAGUUUGACAUGGUUGAAACAAUUGUUUGUUGAGACAAUUAUGGUUAUAAUCCUGUUUAUAGCUCUGUGUGUAGUAGUUCGAUGUGCUUUAUGGUGUUGUCAAAACACAGGGAAUUCUUACAGCGAAUGGAAGAAACAUCAACUAAGGCAAAGGUUAGAAUCAAAUAAGUAUUUUGAGAAAGUAUUAGAUAAAGAGUCAUUGUAUUAG